AUGUUUGAUGAGAUUCUCGCACGAGAUUCUGAGUACAAGUUCGUCUGGGCUGACAUUGGAGGCCGUGUUGCUGCAUCCGAUGCACAGUUGUGGAACGAUUCCGACCUGAAGGCAGCAGCUGAGAACGGAGACCUUAACCUGCCAGAACCUGAAGUUUUGCCACAUGAUUCUGAGGAUGUGCCCUACUUUUUCAUCGUUCCAAGACCCCGCAUCUCAACCAGGCAGCACCUGCUAAAGCUGCUGAUUAGCUCCCUUGAUCUGCCGGCUCCCAACCUGGCUCAUUAUCUGCUGGGUUUGAGAAUCCGGAAACCAGUCAGCAAAACAAACCUUCAGGAUCAAGGCAUACUCAGUUCCCAGAAGACUUGCCUUCAUUCCAUCCUGGCAAUUCUUACCAAGGGAGUUGGUUCCAGCGGGAAUGGGCCCCAGUGUCUAGUGGACACCCCCACCCUUGCGGAACUCUGUUACAAGCUCAUCUACCUUUUGUCAGCCAACAAGGACACGUCCCUCCCCACCCUACGGUACCUGCGCACAUCACAUGACUUCCUGUACAGACAGAUCCAGCAUCUACCAUACGAGCAGAAAAACUACAAGCACCCUGUGGCGCGCCACCAAUCCUGGUUGCUGAAGACAGUGGCUGUGGAGCUGAGAGUUACCUCCCUGAACAGACAGCGCUCACACACCCAGCGCCUAAUGAAACUCAUACUGGAUGACUUUGAUGAGGACCAGACAUACGUGCUGCAUCCAGUGGGUGGCGCAGAUGAGUCGGAGCUGCUGUCCUCCAGACUGGCAGACAUAAGCCAGUCCUCACAGUACUCCAGGAAUGUCAGAGGGCGCCAGUACCGGCGUCGUAUAAUGAGUAUCCUGGACACCCUCAGCUUUCACCAGCAGUAUCCAGAACACAUGAACCUGGAGUUCUUUGACACAAACCUCAUUCAGCAGGUUGUUGGUAGCACUGAAAGGAAAGAUGAGGAUGGGGUGACGUUCUACGAUGUGAAGACUCUCCAUAGGAUCCUGCUCAACGAACUCAACAACCUGCAGGGAACCACAAUGGCUGGGCAGAGGCAGAGAAUACUCGAGGAGAUUGAGGAUAUUCUGCGAAUGGUGAUUGAGCGUAACAAGGUGUGCCAGAGUCUGUUCUGCAAGCAGCAGGGGUUUGACUCGUGGAGGCAGGUGGUUGAGGUUAUACUGUCAGCCUGCCCUGCUGACCUGCUCCAGGGAGAGACCAGGCAGACCGUGCUGUUUGAGAUACUGCAGGACCUCCUGAAAAAGGUUGCAGACGACAACGCCCUUCCAGAGUUAACUGCCCCUGUGUCUGGUGUCCUGCUAACCCUGAUGGCCAACCUUCGCCAGUGCUUCAUGACACAUGACGAGUUGCCUAGCGACCAAGAACGGCGCGACCUUCAAUACGUGACCUUGCUGGACAGGUCUGCAGGGGUCAGCAACACAGCCGUGUCCUGGGACAAGGGGUCAGGGUCAAGGACACUGUUUGCAACCUCACUGCAGAUGGUUUUGAAGGGACUGAUCGAGCACACCCUGAGAUGCAGUGGAGCCCAGCAGAGGGUGAGGGCCCGACUGUAUGGAGCCCUGCUGUACUACCUGCAGAUAGCCAGCAAACCCAAGAGUUCACAGGCACAUCUCCAAGAGGAGCCCAGUGGUGGCGUAGAGUCCCGUCUACUGGCGGCCUCUGACACGGAGUUUGACCAGCUGCGCAGGGAGAACAUCGCCACCAUCCUCACCUACGGGGACAGCUUCAUGGACCUGCUGUGUAGGGACGCAUGUGAUGGCCUUGAUGUGGGCAGGAUGCUGGCCCUGUCUGUACUGGACUGUAUCCUAAUGAUGGACAAGUUCAACCAGUGGCUGUCCUUCAUCACCUCCAAGGGUUACCUACAGCACCUUGUGGACAGCCUGGCAGUUGACGAUGAGAAACUCAUGGCUCUCCUGGGUGGAGGUGUGAACAACCUCAAAGUGCUCUACUUGUACGAGUCCAAACUGAGCCUGUUGACCCGUGUGGCCGAGACAGCAGUAGGGGCCACAACUCUUCUGAGAUGUGGGGUCAUGCAGAAACUGGCAGAGUGCUCCUUCUUUGAUAUGAGGCCUGACAUGGACAGAUCCCAGUCUGUGUACAACACUGAAGAUGAUUUCUUACCAGAUCCUGUAUCCAGGUACAGGCACCUGCUGUUCACUAGCCUGCGCUUCUGUCUGGCCAUCCUGACAUCUCUCGGGUCGGAGAACAGGGAGGCUGGAACACAGGUAAUGCAGUUCAUCAUCUCCCACGGCGACAUCUUCCACUCCAUCCUGCUGGACCGUAGGCUGACCUUGAACCCUCAUGCCCUACAGGAGCUUGCACUCACCACAGCUGUCAUAUGUCGGGCCAACAGUCAAGAGGAAGACCAGUAUGCGGAGGUUGACUCAGCAGAGAUAGAGUUCCGUGGUCACAAGCUGCGUAUCCAGCGUCACAUGGUGUCCCUGCUCCCAAAGUACUGCGUCUCCGAGAAGCUUACCAAGCAGCUAAAGAACCUUGAUGUGCCUGCAGACGAUCGUGUGGACGUCUGUGCGAAAGUGACGCAAGCGUAUCUAGAAGUAGCAACCAAUGUGACGUCAUUCUGUCGGGCACUUGUGUCUAACUCUGGUCCCAACGUUCAGUACUGUAGGGUGUUGUUCUGGCCAAACAUGGAGGAAGCCAUGGUCAGAGAUCUUCAUGGAAGUGGAGAUUUCUCGAUGUCCACUCUGAGCCCUGCCCAACUGCCCAACCUGGGCAUUGUGGUGUAUGAGUUGAAGCAGUGUACCAACCAGUUCCUGGCGGUGUAUGAGACAAGGAAGCUGCACCUGAGCAAACUGCAGGGCCUCUCUGAGCUCAGUGUGGAGGACUUGAAACAGUUUUCUGGUAUAGCUGAUGGAGAAAAGAUGUCGUCCCAGCAGAGACAAGGCCUGGCCAGGAGGAAGCUGUCACAGAUCAUAGCCUACAACUACAGGGAGCUCCAGGCAUACUCUUUCAUCAUAGAGAACACGUUGUUCCUGCUGUGGCGCCACCUUGAGUACUACCUGCUUCACUGCGUGCCUAGCGACCGUGGGGCGACCCAGUACCAGGCGCAGGCUAGACGCCAGGCACAGAUCAGGAGGCUCCAGGACUCAAUUGGUCUUGGCUCUUCCCCAAGCCAGACUGGUAGUGGUGACUCGGUGGGCACGAGUUUCGACCUGGACGACUCGAGACGUCAUGUUCGUCAGCAGGACAUAGAGGCGCUCAAGCAGGCUGCGCUUACAGUGUGCAGCGAGUCACUGUUCAAGAAGGUUCUGGAAAUCAAUCAGACAUUCUGCAAAAGUAGAAGCCACUAUGGUUUUGUUGAGGCCGUGGUCCGCAGAAUAAGACGCCUACUUCGCCUGCACACUAGCUCUUGAGUACCCGAACAUGGCCGUCACUGACUUGAGCCGCAUUCUGAGAAAACUGGGCUUAAUGCAUUAUCCUCAACGUGUUGUCUCAGAUUAGCCUGUGCAGUCCACACAGGUUAAUCAAGGAUGACACUUUCUGCUUAAACUGGAUUUUGUUUAAAAGAAAUUUCCUUUUUAUUAAAAUUUUAAACAGCCUGUGCUAACUGGAUAGGCUAAUCUGGGAUGACACUACCCACAUGCAUUCAACUACUACUUCGACUGCACACUGGCUCUUGAGUAUUGGAACAUGGCUGUCACUAACUUGUGAAGUUGUUAUGAAAGUACCACUGUUCUUUUGUGUUACUGAUAAACUGUAUGGACAUCAUCAUCAGAUUUAAAGUUGUUAUGGCAAUUGAAUGUCAACUUUUUUGAUGUUAUAACAUUUGUUGUAAACUGAAUAUUUUUUAAACUGACACAAAGAAACAAAUUAUACAAGACCACAACAUGCAAAAGGUGAUGAUUAUACAAUGUAACAAUUAUUAUAUGUUCAGUUUCAUGCAAAGUAAAUUAAUUGUCAUACUGAAACGUAUUUACAAAAAAUCAUGUUUUUGUAGACUAAUGUGUAAAACUCUAAAUAUGUAUGUUUCAACUUAAAUAUUCAUAGUACAUGAGACAAGUGUUGUUUUUAAAUUUGUGAACCUUUGCUUGAAAUGUUAACCUUAAAAUUCACCGUUUAAAUAUUUCAAGUCUGCCAUGUUAUUUAACUUUUUAUUUAGAAAACAAAACAAAUUAUGCUGAUUGUUGAUGUAUUAAGGUGUUUACUACCCCCUAUACAUGUACAUGAAAGAAGUGUGCUUAGUCUUUCACUUCGGACUUGACAAAAACUAUGAUAUACAAUGUUAUGCUAAAAACUGUUUUGCUAUGAAAUUUGUCAGAUGAAUAACUACAUUUGUUCAUACCCUAUGUAAUUGAAUAUCUUUCAUAGACCUGGACUAUUGUGUCUGUCAUCAGUUUAUACAAAAGAACAGAACCGUCAUAUUACCACAUUCACAUAUUAAUAUUGAUUUGUGUUAAAAAAUGCAUUAACAUCUACUUUGUUUCUGUAUUGACAUGCUUAAUUAAUAAUGCACACCUAAUUGUAUCUGAACUGAUUGUGUUCUUAAAAAUAAAUGUGACUGAAUUUCUA